AGGACAAGAGGCGAGUCUCGCUGCCGACCACCACUGCACUGGCUGCCGCGGCGCCCGACGUGUCUGGUUCUUCAUCAGACGGCAAGUUCGGUAAAGUUACUUUGAGGGAAAAGAUUUUUACUUGGCUCGACACCUGCGACCUUCCAUGAUGUUCCGCAGAAACGCUAGUUGCUUCAUCCGCAUUUUUGUGGCGGUGGUCAUGUGUAGUGGCUACACUCGCCCAGUUUCCGUCACAGAAGCCCUAACAGUGGGACGAGUUCAUGAGGCUGAGGAGGCCACGGCCGUGGAUCUGGGUGCCCUGCUGGACGCCGGGGACGGCGCUGUGGUGACUCUGCUGGCCGGGGACAAUACGCAGCUGGUGGCUCACAGGGCUAUCUUGGCCGCCAGGAGCGCCGUGUUUGCGGGCAUGCUCCGUCGUCUCACCUUAGAGGCCAGCAGCAGCCAGCUCGCACUCUCCGACAUAGAGGGCCCUGUGCUGCGCCAGGUGCUGGCACACCUCUACACCCUCCAGCCCCCACAGCUGCCCAGCAUGGCGCCACAGCUGUUGGUCGCCGCUGACCAAUACGGCUUGUCAGUACUGAAGGUGCAGUGCGAGCAACAGGUGGCCGCACAGCUGUCUGUCGAGACUGCAUCAGCCACAGGUGUUCUCGCGAUUCGGCACUCCGCUAACAUGCUGAAGCAGGCUGCUGUCUCCUUCAUAAAGGCCCACUUGCUCAGUGUGAUGGCGACGCAGGGCUGGGAUGAGGCUGUAGUCAACGACCCACAAACUUUUAUGGAGUUGGUUCACCUGAUUACAGAGACACCGACAGACACCAGAAAUCUAUCUGGAGACAUGAAGGGCGAGAUGCUGAUUGCUGCAGCUAAGGAUGGGUCAGUGAGCAAAGUGCGAACGUUGCUGGCAGUGGGGGCGGACGUGGAGGCGAAGGACGAGAACAAGCGGACAGCACUGCACUGGGCAGCAGCCAUGGGGCACGGGGAGGUGGCGGCCCAUCUGCUGGAGGUAGGAGCAGGCGUUAACGCCAGGGACCGCUGGCAGAACACGCCUCUACAUCUGGCUGCAUGGAAAGGCCAUGCAGCUGUGGUGCGGCUGCUGGCAGCUUCCUCUGCCGACCACAACGCCAGGGAUCAAAGUGGGAGCACGCCACUGCACGAUGCAGCACGGCGUGGCCGUGCAGAGGCGGCGGCUGCACUGUUAGAGGCAGGGGCCGACAGAGAAGACAGGAAUUAUGGUGGGGACACGCCGCUGGACCUAGCCGAGCGGAACAACCACCAGUCGCUCAUAGACAUCCUAAGAUCAAGCUGAGUGUAAUGCAGACGACUACGGAGUAAAAUAAAUAAAGCUUUCUGUGUAACCUCUGCUACUUUUAAAAUAAACAAUUCAGAAAAGUUAA